AUGGCUGAGAAUCAGAGUGACUCGGAUAAGGAGGAUGUUGGGUCUUCGACUGUCACGCCGUUGAGUCCUGGGAAACGGCAGCGCAAGACCAAAUCUACAGCGUACAUUGACGAUCUCAUCGCCGAGAAUCAGCGUCUUCGUCAAGAUGACGCCAAACCUCGGCCUGAACCCUCCAUCCCCGACGUCUCAAGCACCGAGACCUCAUCCCUCCAAGGAACCCUCCUCGAAGAACGGCCCUGGUUCUUCGACAUGAACGUUCUUCACACCCCCGUCCUCAUCGGCGAAGCCUCCGACGCUGCGUUCGCAACACGCUUUCGCCAGGCUAUUUCCGAACCGGGACAUAGUCAUAUCCCGCGGGUGAACUAUGCACCUGAUGAGAGAUUGCUUGCGCUUUCGGAUCAGGAUUGUCCGUGGCCUAUACCCUCUAGGGCAAGGCUGCUUGUUAAUGUUGCGUUGAAGUAUGUUAGUAGGACUUAUUAUAUCGUGAGGAAGAGUCAGAUUCUUGAGGGGCUGGAGCAGACUAUCGUCAAUCCGCAUUCGGCGGAUUCGCUUUUGAGGAGUAAGCUUUGGGUUUUGUUUGCGAUUGGGGAGAUGUAUUCUACGAGGACGGCGGCGAAGGAUAGGAACUUUCCGGGUAUGGCGUAUUUUGCGAGGGCGACUCGUAUUCUUCGGAUUAUCAGCGAGAGGCCUCGUAUUGAUGCCAUUGAGAUUCGUCUUCUUCUGUCUUUUUAUUCUCUCGCCCUUAAUCGUCGAUAUACAGCCUAUGCGCUUGCUGGCUCAUCAGUCCGUCUCUCCGUCGUAAUGGGUCUCCACCUCAACGUCCCAGAAUCCCAACUCCGCGACGCUGGGGCCCGUGAACACAGAAACCGCGUAUGGUGGACUGCAUACAGCUUCGAUCGCAUGUGGGCUUCUCGUCUCGGCCAUCCCGUCGCCAUUCAAGACGACGACAUUGAGGUCGAUCUCCCCACUGAUCCAGUCCUGGACACGCCAUCCGAUGACUUUGCCGACUCAUCGUACUUCAUCGCGGGUCUGAGACUCGCGAGAUUGGCAGCAAAGGUGAUCAAUGCGAUUUACACAAGGAGACCACAGCAGAAAACACUCUCGCAGAGGGUUCAAGAGGCGUUGAGGGAUCUGAGGGCUUUUGUGGAGGAGUUGCCGCCGCAUCUUCACAUUGAACCGACUGAUGCACCUGAACCGAGUCCGAAGCCUCUGUCACUGCAUUUGUACUUUAAUCAAGUCGCCAUAACUGCAACGCGUCCUAUUCUUCUGCAUGUACUACGGACUCACGUCUCAGCUUGGGACACUCAACCUCGAACUGAACCUCAAAUCCCCGUAUCCGCCAUGACGCUCUCCGAAGCGUGUAUCCGCUGCGCACGCCACUCCUGCCGCCUCCUAAUCGACUGCUGGAUCGACGGCUCCUUCGCAACAUUCGACUACUUCUACACACAAUACCUCUUCUCAUCCGCCACAGUCCUCGCCAUCUCAAGCCUAAUCGACGGGAAGGAAUGUCGCAGCGAUAAAGAGCAAUUCGAGUCGGCAGCGCAGUUUCUGCACCAACUAAAAGAGAAUGGCAAUUUUGCUGCGGAGGAGUUUUGUAGACAUGUCGAUGCUAUGAAGGUUUGUUGUCCAUCUGAACAGUCUCAAGACUUGCCAUCAAUCCCUCCCACCAAUCAACUCCCCAAAGCUCUCAAACAACUCACAGAGAAUGAUUCAAGAACAGCCUUGCUGGUUCAUCCUGUCUGCCACUGCGAACUCUUUGUUCAAUUGGACUGUCAGCUCGUUCACUCUGUUUUGGCAGUCCUUUUCAGCUGGCAACUCCCCACUGAACAAGACUGCGAGUCACAAUGGAAAAGCCAGAAAACGACUGUUGUUCCCACUGGCAAUGGCAUUGUUCCCUACCACUGUCAAAUGCUAUUCCUCUCCAGUAUCCAAAUAAAUAGUUCCUUUCUGCUGUUGAUCCAGUUCUCUUCUUUCCUCCUCACCAACCUCACAACAUCUCGACCUUGGUCUUCACAUCAACUCAUAACACUUCACAAGGACUAUCAACCUUUACUCAUACCCCAAACCAAACCACACACUAUCAUCCCUUUCACUACAGACAAUAUGUCUUCUCUUUCUACUGCUUACCCUACCGACGGUGAGGUCAUCGACAUCGGUGGUUCGUCCAUCAACCUCACCUUUGUGGACGACCAGCUUCCCAAGGCCUUCCUUAGCAAGGGUGACUUCCCCAAGGAGAUCGCCUACACUUCCGGAAUGGAGAAGUGGAACUGCAUUGCUGAUAAGUCUUACCAGACUUCUGACGAGAUGGCGAUCAUCAAGGCCACCGCCCAGCAAGUUGUCCAGCAACUCCCUUCCGGAACUCACAUCAUCGAUCUCGGUGCCGCGAACUCCAAGAAGUUUGAGCCCUACGUUCACGAAUUCAUCGCUCAGGGCAAGGAGUGUGUCUAUGUCGCUCUCGACCUUUCUCACGCCUCUCUUGUUGAGCACAUCGCCAAGGCUAAGGUCACUUUCCCCGGCGUGAAGUGCAUUGGUCUCUAUGGCUCCUUCGAGCAGGGAGACAUUUAUUUUAAGCAGACCCGUCCUACUGCUCGUCUCUUCCUGUCCCUCGGCAGUAUCUUCUACAAUGCCCCCGACGCCAUGGCCAAGGAUCGUUGCAUCGAGUUCAAGGGCCACAUGACCCCCGUCGACCGUCUCAUCGUCGGCCAAGAUGGACCUACUGGCGAUGAGGCGAGCCAAACCCACGCCGCAUACAAUACCGUCGAGUAUGACGCUUUCUUCACCACCUAUCUCCAGGGUCUUCAGGACCACGCUGGCAUUGUUGGUGCUAACCCCAAGACCGCUUGGAUCGUUGAAAGCAAGCUCAACAAAGCGAUGCACUAUUUUGAUGUGACUGCGACUCACGACAUGUAUUGCACCAACUUUGGAAUCAAGGUCGCCGCUGGUACCACUUUCAAGAUGUUUAAGUCUUGGAAGCGGUACGAGGGCGAGAUCCACCAGCUUACCAACGAGGUCGGUCUCAAGAUUGAGACUCUCGGCAAGGCUGACAAUUCGGGAAUGCGUCAGUAUCUCAUCAAGGCUGCUGAGAACUAA